AUGAGGCGCGGCGAGCGGCGGGGCCACGGCGGCGCCCUGGGCAAGGCCGCCCUGGAGGAGCAGCCCCCCCAACCCAACGGCGGCGCCCCCGCCGCGGCGGCAGAGCGGCCCCCGCCGCCCGGCGCCGAGAGGGACAGCCCCGGCCUGCGCCGCAGCACCGAGUCCGAGGUCUACGACGACGGCACCAACACCUUCUUCUGGAGAGCUCAUACCUUAACAGUCUUGUUCAUCCUCACGUGUGCACUGGGCUACGUAACCUUGCUUGAAGAAACACCACAAGAUACAGCCUACAAUACAAAGAGAGGUAUUGUUGCCAGUAUUUUGGUUUUCUUAUGUUUUGGAGUUACACAGGCUAAAGAUGGACCAUUUUCAAGACCUCAUCCAGCUUACUGGAGGUUUUGGCUGUGUGUCAGCGUUGUGUAUGAGCUCUUCCUCAUCUUUAUACUCUUUCAGACUGUACAAGAUGGCAGGCAGUUUAUGAAGUACAUUGAUCCGCAUUUAGGUGUUCCUUUGCCAGAAAGAGACUACGGUGGCAACUGCCUUAUUUAUGAUCCUGGCAAUGAAACUGAUCCGUUUCACAAUGUCUGGGACAAACUGGAUGGAUUUGUUCCUGCUCACUUUUUUGGCUGGUACCUGAAGACAUUGAUGAUUCGAGACUGGUGGAUGUGUAUGAUCAUCAGUGUAAUGUUUGAGUUUCUGGAGUACAGUCUGGAACACCAGCUUCCAAACUUCAGUGAAUGUUGGUGGGAUCACUGGAUAAUGGAUGUGAUCUUGUGUAAUGGAUUAGGAAUUUACUGUGGGAUGAAGACUCUGUCUUGGCUUUCCUUGAAAACAUACAAAUGGCAAGGACUUUGGAACAUUCCUACAUACAAAGGAAAAAUGAAGAGAAUUGUCUUCCAGUUCACCCCGUAUAGCUGGGUCAAAUUUGAGUGGAAGCCAGCAUCCAGCCUACGCAGAUGGCUAGCAGUUUGUGGCAUAAUCUUUGUAUUUUUAUUGGCAGAGCUGAACACAUUUUACUUGAAGUUUGUCCUUUGGAUGCCACCAGAACACUACUUGGUCCUGUUACGACUUGUCUUUUUUGUCAAUGUGGGAGGUGUGGCUAUGAGGGAGAUCUACGACUUCAUGGACGACCCGAAGUUCCACAAGAAAUUGGGUCAGCAGGCAUGGCUGGUCGCUGCUAUUACUGCCACGGAGUUUCUGAUUGUCGUGAAGUAUGAUCCCUAUACGCUCACGCUUUCUCUUCCUUUCUACAUUACCCAGUGCUGGAUCUUGGGGAUUAUACUUGUGCUCACCUGGACAGCCUGGCGUUUCUUCAUUCGUGACAUCACUUUGCGGUAUAAGGAGAUAAGGCGACAGAAGCAAGAGCACAAAUAUGAAAAGGACAAAUGCUUGAGCAAUGGUGAUGGACACUCAUCAAUACUGGAUGAACAAAAUGGGAACAAACUAAGGGAGAGGAAACUUUGAGCAACAGACAAAGGGCUAAACGGAACUCGUAGUGCUCAAGCUGGCCUGGUGGACAGUUUCAACCUUAUCCUACCUAACUUGUAAUUUUUAUUGUUAGCUUUCCAACAUGUGAAAAUCCUCUUGGGGAAAAGAUGUUACUUUGACAUACACACCCUUUCUCCUCGUGUACACCUAGUCAGAGUCGGAGAAAGUCUGUGUAGAGGGAAGUCAGAACCAACACCGUUGCAACGAGAUGGGAUCUUCAUUCAAGCGUGUUGUAUGUCUUCCUUGAAAACAAGGUUUGGAGACAAGGGGCUUUAAAACAAAGUGCAAAGGGAAUCUAGCUGAUCUAUUUCCAGUAAACUGUGAGAUUUCAAUUUUGACGUUUGGGCAUUAGGAACACUUGUUUUGGAGUGUACAGAUACCAGACACAGGAAAUGAAUUAUUUUUUUUCUGCUGAAACUACCUUGAGCUGUGGAAUAAGAUUGUGUAAAGCGUUCAGCCACCAAUUAACAGAACUGCAGCGAGACAAACAUAGAUAAACUGAAACUUGUGAACAAGUUGCGUAACUUGCACAGAAUGUAAUACAGUACACUACUGUUACAGCCCCUGUAGUACAGGGGCUAUUGCCUUUCUCUAAACUGACUUGCAACAUCCUGGAAUAGCCUACAAUAGUUUUAUGUUGUCACAGCUCUAGGG